AUGGGGCCGCUGGAGCUGCUCCUCGUGGCGGCGGCGGGGGUGGGCGCCGUCCCGCUCCCUACCGCUCCUGCCGCCGCCGGCCCGAGCGCGCAGUGCGUGGAGUCGCGCUGCUUCGCCUUGUUCUGGGAGGCGCGGAGCUUCGCGGCGGCGGGCGCGGCGUGCUCGGCGGGCGGCGGGCGGCUGCUGUGGGCGCGCUCGACGGUGGCGGCCGAGGCGGCGGAGCUGCUGCUGCGCGGGCGGGCGGGGGGCGCGUGGCUGGGCCUGCGGCUGCGCGAGGGCCGCUGCGUGGAGGCGGGCGCGGCGCUGCGCGGCUUCCAGUGGGAGGCGGGCGACGAGCGCACGGACUACGCGGCGUGGGCGGGGGGCGGGCCGGCGGAGGGCACGUGCGGGCCGCGCUGCGUGGCCGUGAGCGGCGAGCUGCGCUGGGAGGAGCGCGCGUGCCACGCCGCCGCCGCCGGCUUCCUGUGCGAGUACAGCUACCCGGCGGGCGCCAUGUGCGCGCCCCUGGCCCUGCCCGCCCGCUACGGCACCCCCUUCGGCGCGCGCGACGCCGACCUGCCCGCCUUCCCGCCCGCCACCCGCGCCCACGUGCCCGGCCUCGAGCUCAGCCUGCAGUGCCGCCGCGGCGCCUGGGACGCCGACAAGCCGGGCGCCUGGCCCUGCCAGCUGGAGGGCGGCGGCUGCGAGUGGCGCUGCCGCGAGGAGGACGACGAGGGCGGCAGGAGGCGCCCGCUCUGCACCUGCCCCGAGGGCGCGGCCCUGGGCCCCGACGGCCGCCGCUGCCUCUCGCCCUGCGCCCGGCUGCGCUGCGAGCACCUGUGCCAGCCGCAAGGGGAGCGCGCCCUCUGCAUGUGCGAGGAGGGCUACCGGCUGGGCGCCGACGGCCGCAGCUGCAACGACGUCGACGACUGCCGGGACACGCCGGGCCUCUGCAGCCAGCAGUGCGUCAACACCGCCGGGGGCUUCCGCUGCCAGUGCUUUGCCGGCUACACUUUGGUGGAGGGCAGCUGCCUCAAGACGGCCAGCCUUUGCUUUCACGCCGGCUGCGAGCAGGACUGCGCCGUGGUCGACGGCGCCGCGCGGUGCGCCUGCUUCGAGGGCUUCGCUCCCCAGCCCAAGGACCCGCGCCGCUGUGUCAGGGCCUGCAACCGCUCCGAGUGCCCUGCCCAGUGCGACCCGCACACCGGAGACACCUGCUAUUGCCCCGACGGCUACAUCAUCCAGGAAUAUGACGACGGGAGAAAGGUUUGCACGGAUAUCGACGAGUGCGAGGAAGGCUACUGCGCGGGGGAAUGCCGCAAUCGCUUCGGCGGUUAUGAAUGCUCCACCCAGAGACCUGACACGGACAGCGCCUCUCAAAGACCGGACUACGAUGGCUCAGGGGAGGUGAGCCUUUACUCCACUGCAACCCCCGUGCUCACUUCUGCGCCACCGAGGGUCAGUCACGGCCCAGGGAUCCUGGUUGCUGUCAUCCUGAGCACAGCGCUCUCCUUUGGGGCAUUAGCGGCAGUUGUGUACUGUCUGCUGAAAAGGCUGCGUGCUUCACCAACCAGGAAGGAUUACAAAUGCCAGCAGCUGGAGACUGAAGUGGGCAUGCGACAGGUUAGGCCUGAGAGCCCCUCUUGCAAACAGAAAAUGUAGGGGACUUCCUUGGGAGAGGAGAGAGUGGCAUUAAUUGGUCUAAGUUAUUUUUUAAAAGGGGUGAAAAUGGAUACUAGCUGCAGACUGACUAAUUGGCAUGGAUGCAUUUUUUUUUCAUGGUUGCCUGAAGGAACGCUGGGGUGGGGGAAGGGGGGUGUUCCUGGAUUUUGUAAAACAUUGUGAAUCCUGAAGCACUGAAAGCAGCAGCGAUGGUUGCGCCGUGAAACGAAGUCCUUGGCGUUUGGGGAGUUUUCUCCAGAUGAAGGAUUAAGGAUUUGGUGUUUCAUUGGCCAGAGAAGUUGAGGACCGUGUAUUUAGGACAUCUGGUGAACUGGAAGAAACUGCAUAUUCUUUGGCUAAAUGCAGACACUCUUUUUUUUUUUAAAGAUAUUUUUGAGUUGCCAAAGAUGACAAUGCUUGCAUUUUGUAGUUUUGUUUUUGGGUUUUGUGUGUGUGUGUGUUGUUGCUUACAGACCGAUCUGUGUAUUAUCCCUGCUAUAUUCAGAGUGGGUGUGUUUGCAUCCAUGAUGGUAAACAGUUGCUUGCAAAAGAUCAUGCCAAAUAGACAUGGAAGGGCAUAACCCUGUGAGAAGUUCUCCUGUUCUACUGGUGCUGAAAAGAGAGAGGUGCUAUUCUACUGCUGUCUCUCCCCCCUACUCCCACCCCAUGGCCUGGAAGAAUUUUCCCUUAGGUCUGUAUAGUACCAAAAUACUUCUGUGUCCUUGAUGACGAGCACAGAUCACUUGCUUUACAAACAGUACUUUCUUCUUUUGUAUUGUUCCUAUGGAUAUUCUUUUGCCAUUUCAUGUUCUUGUUUUGCCAUAGAUCUUUCAUAACAUCCUGAAUGUUCUGUGUGCCCUUGGGCAUGUUGGCACAUUAAAUGGGCUGCUCUCUGCAAAGCACUGCUGUUUUACAUUGCAGAAGAAACUUUCUGUGAGAGACAUAGUGAUAACCCCAACAGCCAUAAAUCCCAUGCAGCCGCUAACAUAAAAAAUCCAGUUUACUGGACAGCAACUUACAUUUACAAUGGGAUUUAGACUCUUCAUAGGCAUGGUUUCUUUUCACAGAAGCACCUCAAUGUAUAUUCCAAGUUUUCAUGCUAGUUAGGCAUGAAAGGACAAUUAGCUCACUCUACUUAUAUUAGCAACCUUAUCUGCUACUAUCAGUUAAGCAGCCUGGAUUUUAAAAAGUGACCAUUAGAUGCGUAUCAGCCUUAGUGUCUCUGCUGCUACCUUCUGGCCUUCCCUGGUAAUGGCACCAAAUCCCCUUUCCCCCUUCAGUGACAGUAGCUGCAACAAAGAUCCAUGCUCUUCCCUUAUGGUGGGGAGUUCUGAAAAAACAGUUUUUAAGUAUUGUCAAUUUUUAAGGAUCCUGAAUGUUUAAAAAACGGGCCUUAAAACAACGUGAAGUCAAUAGUUGUUAGAUCUGUGUAAAUCCUUGAGCACAACAGCCAAAUUUAAACAUUUAGUGAAGACUUAUUUUUCAAGAAGAUGGACUAAAGCAUGAUUUUGGUUCUCUUGUUGUACAGCUCAGUGUGAGCCCAGCAGCACCUUAGAGACCUAAUGAGGUUUUUGGGAUAUGAGCUUUUAUGAGUCAAAGUUCCCUUUGUCAGAUAUAAGUCAGAAUGAAGAUCUCAUUGUUUUGUCCCAGUCAGAAGGUGGGAGGGGUGUUGCAAAGAAGGAACUCGGGAAGCAUAGGCACAAUGUGCAUUGUAUUCUACUUUAUUAGAUAUGAUAGAUGUUAAUUUGCUCUUUGCUCUAAUCAAGCUAAUUACUGUGUGCAUUGGACUUCUGCAUCCUGCACCCCGAAAAUCUUGUUGGUUUAUUAGUUGCUCCUGAACUCAAAUCUGCAGCUCUCCUUAUAUCUUAAGUCAUACAAUUUUAGGAGGAGAACCAUAAACUGAGCUUUAACAGGAUUUAUACCACUAACAAAUUACCAUGAUUAAGCUAUAAAGCAAGCUGCCUCUCUCUGGAGUGCUUUUGUAUGUAUGUAUGAUUUAUGAUUCCAGUGCAACACGACUUUCAUAGAAAUGAGCAAAUGGGUGUGACCAACAAAUGUUGCUGAACACAAUGUAGUUCUCGAUUAAACAUUUUAUUAUGGUGUAAA